GAGUUUGUGAGUGUGUUAGCUGACGUGAGGACGUGAUUUUUCGUUCCAUAAAUCGACAGAACACCAAUAAUCCUCUAAACCCCCAUUUAUGACUAAUCUAAAAAUUACUUAAUAAUUAUUCCACCAACAUGGCAAACAUCGCCCAUCUUGUACGAAGACAAAGCUCACGUGAUUUGAAUCCUCAACGAUCAUUGGAUCGCUUGGAGCUACGAGAGAUGCGUGGACGAUUAGUUGUUGAAAAUGGUAACAAAGGAGGAUCGUAUGGGGCUACGAACGCUGCUUUCGUCGAAGACUUCAGUCCUAUUAAUAAGAUUAAAUCUACGUGUAGCAGUAAAAGAAAUUCAACAGACGGGAAAGCAAUUUUCAAACCGGAAUGUGCAGAAGAUGAACGAGAAUCUUGGGAUAGUAAACUCACAUUUUUAUUAGCCACUAUUGGCUACGCUGUCGGUUUGGGUAACGUUUGGAGAUUUCCAUAUUUAGCACAAAAAAAUGGUGGCGGUGCUUUUUUGAUACCAUAUUUCGUCAUGUUGGCUAUUGAAGGUAUACCGAUCUUCUAUUUGGAAUUAGCUAUUGGUCAAAGGCUCAGGAAAGGUGCCAUCGGUGUUUGGAAUCAAGUUUCCCCUUUUCUGGCAGGUAUUGGUAUCAGCAGCGCUGUGGUUUCUUUUAACGUUGCUCUCUACUACAACACUAUUAUUGCUUGGUGUCUUUUUUACUUCGUACAAAGUUUUCAAUCGGAAUUGCCGUGGUCGAAUUGUCCAAAUGCUUAUUUUCCAAACGGAUCUUAUACUGUAGAACCCGAAUGUGAAGUGAGCAGUCCAACUCAGUAUUUUUGGUAUAGAACAACUUUGAUGAUAUCAGAAGACGUGAAUACUCCACAGUCGUUCAAUUGGAAAAUAGCAAUCGCCUUAUUAGUAGCCUGGAUUUUGGUUUAUUUGUGCAUGAUAAAAGGAAUAGCUUCGUCUGGUAAAGUGGUUUACGUCACAGCUACUUUUCCCUACCUUGUUUUGAUUAUAUUUUUCUUCCGAGGGAUAACUCUGAAAGGUGCUGGAGAUGGUAUAAAACACUUGUUCACCCCGACUUGGCACACUAUACUAGAUCCAGUGGUAUGGCUAGAAGCCGGUACACAAAUUUUUUUCUCACUCGGACUUGCAUUUGGUGGCCUUAUAGCUUUUUCGUCGUACAAUCCUGUAAAUAAUAAUUGUUACAGAGAUGCAAUUAUGGUUUCUCUAACGAACUGUUUCACGUCGAUGUUUGCCGGAAUAGUCGUAUUUUCUAUUAUUGGAUUCAAAGCUACCAUGACAUUUGAAAGAUGUUUGGAUCACAGGAAUGUUACGUUAACACAACUCUUCGAAGGAUCGUAUUAUGGGAAUAAACUACCUGAAGCAGGAUCUUUGAUAAAUGUUAGUUCGAAUGGGGAAGUUAUCAGGAAGAUUAUGCCGGAACUGCCUAUUUGUGAUCUUGAACAGGAAUUGGAUAAGUCUGCUUCGGGAACAGGUCUGGCAUUCAUAAUAUUCACCGAAGCAAUAAAUCAGUUUCCUGGUGCCCAAUUUUGGUCGGUUCUAUUUUUUUUAAUGCUCUUUACAUUGGGAAUCGAUUCCCAGUUUGGAACUUUAGAAGGUGUUGUCACAUCAGUAGUGGACAUGAAGUUGUUUCCCAAUUUACCGAAAGAAAUUCUCACCGGAACCUUGUGCACGAUAUGUUGCUUGAUAUCGAUGGCGUUUGCUCAUGGUGCUGGUAGCUACAUUUUUGUCCUUUUUGAUAGUUUCUGUGGUAACUAUCCGUUGCUCAUUAUUGCCUUUUUUGAGUGUAUAGGAGUAGCUUAUGUGUACGGAUUAAGAAGAUUUGCAGAUGAUAUUGAAAUGAUGACUGGUAACCGUCCCGGACUAUAUUGGUUGAUUUGUUGGAAAUAUUUGUCUCCGUUAGCUAUGCUAUCGAUAUUGGUAGCUAGUUUUAUAGAAAUUGCUGUUGAUGGUACUGGAUACGCCGCUUGGGUAGCUUCAAAAGGAGAAACCGAACGUCUACCGUGGCCUUUAUGGGCUAUAUUAUUAAUUACCGUAUUGGUUUUAGCUUCUGUUUUAUGGAUACCUGGAGUUGCCAUCGCGAGGCUGUUGGGAAUCGUUGUGAUAGAUGAUAACGAAAAGGCUUGGUUCCCUGCCAACGAUUUGAAAGACUUCCAUGGCAUAAUGCCACACGAAGUUACUGCCGCAGAAACGUUACUAUUUUGUAUACGAGCGGAUGGAUCAGAGGGACUUUGUUGUCCAACAAUACAUUCUUAUGACGACGAAGACGACGAAGAAACUUAGGACAAUAAAAAUAACAUUAGACAAUAAUUUUUAAAUGUGGACACAGAGAUUGAUCAUGAACACGAUUUUUAUUAUUAUAAACUUUCUAGGAUAAUUUCUAGAUUGAAAAUAUUAUGAACGAUAUGGAGAGAUUGAUAUUCCAUUUAUUUUCGUAGGAAAAACUGAUUUGAGAAAUGUCUUUUAAUAUAAAGGCGAAUUUCUACUUACUUCCAACUGGAUUCGUUGUCAAAAACAAAAAUAAACAACUAGAACUCAAUUUCUGAGUUGUGCGUUUUAUUUUAAAAUGUUUUCAAUAGUUUUCACUAGAUGAACGUAAAGUUUAUUAAUCGAAGAAAAAUAGUAAACUAAAACAAUAAAAAGCCGAGUGGAUGGGGCGAAUGCCACAUCGCUGAAGAAACCGUUAGACAAGUUGACUUGGCGAAUUUUAAAAGAUCAACAUUUUAUAAUUAAUUAAAAAAAUAGUAUUCCAAUAUAAAAACGAGGAAGGAACUGUUUAUUGUUAGAAAAGAUCAGUGCGUGAUCAGCAGGUGAAUAUCCCGAGAAAAAUAUUUUUGUAAAAAUAAUUGUGUAUAAUUAUUUAUGAUUGAUAUCAUUAAUCUGCUUGUAUUAAACCACAAAUUAUUUCUUAAUUGUGGUGUACGGUCCUGUACAUGCUUGGCUUUGGCCUUUUUAACCUUGAUCACGUACACUAUGCGUGAAUAUGUUUUGGUCUACUAUUUAUCUUCGAUAAAUAGACUUCAUAUAUGAGGACAAACUCAGUAAAAUACGUAAAAUUAAAGUAAAGUCGAAUAUUCAAAUUACUACCGCAUUUUUGAUGUCGCUAAUCGUUACCACAGAGAAAAAACUGUUUCCAAAAUGUUCCUUAUUUUCAAAAAUAUAAUGUCGAAAUCGUUUUUUUUUUGUGGUUUUGUCGGUUUGGUGGAAAUCCGCCUUUAUUAGACUAUGGAAAAAACAUGUCAUUACAUCAAUUUUUAGCUACUUAAAAACAAAAUUUUAAUCACUCUAAUGAAACUACACGAAAUAUUUUUUUCCUAUCUCGCCUGGAUACAGGGUGUUUCUAUAUAUUAGACCUACAACGCUCUACUACAGAUAGAUCUCAAUAAAUGAUUCAUUUUGAUAUAGGAAUACGAACCCUUGCGAGAUCUAGUUGCUGAGAUAUAGGGUGUGCAAAAUUUUAAAUCAAAAAUUUGCCAUAAAUCAAGAACGCCUUUACAAUUUUUUUUUCAAAUUUGGCGACUAAUAUGCUCCUUAAUAAAGUAAGAAAUGACAAUUGACAUAAACAAAUUUUGGAAAAAUUUAACCAGUGGCGCGCUGUCAGGGUUAAUUUUUUCCCCAUAUUUUUCACGCCACUGGAGCAAAUUCUCUUUUCAAUUUUGUUUCAAAUUGCCUGAUUAUUUUUAGUUAAAAAACCAAUGAACUUUUAUAGAGCUUAAAUGAACGGCGAUGAAAUCACGAACAAAAUGCCAAUUUUUUUCAUCCCAAACGUGACUAUUUCUAGAGCUGAAAAUUUCUUCCCUAGUUUCGUCGGUAUACAACACAUAUUUUGGAAAAUUUCGAUUUUCACGACUUUUUCGUAAAUACCAGUUGGAAAAUUCCAUGAAAAUCUCUAGGUUCUAAUGCUUGAACACUGGAAAAUUUGGAUGAGAAAAACGAAGUUCUCUUCAAUUCUAAACGUUUCAACUGGGCUCGUAUAAGUAUAUUGGUUUUUCCUAAAACGUGUACCAGGUAUAUCGAAGACAAUUGAGUUAAUUUAAUAUUAAUACGGCAUUAAGAAGGUUAUGAAAAGAAAUAUGAUUUGGAAUUCUCUGAAGGAGGUAACCACAUCACAACUAGUCAAAAUUAGUAGUAUACAAGUAUAUAUUUCUGCUAAUACCUCUGCUGAACUGAAGUCUGAAACUCCAUAAUUAUAAUUACAGUCGGUAUUGUCGGAAUAAAUCCUGCAACCUACAUAACUUCAGACCUAGUUGCAAAAGGCUUCUUAUACGAGUUCACUCAAACUCAAGAGGUCUGCUGGUAUCAUGAAUUUCUCCCUCAGAUUUCGAAAGGAGUCGACAGGGAUCCGAAACACCAUAGUGGGGUCGGGGUUGUAGAUUUCAAGCCUUUUGUGACUUUUCGAGCAAAAAUCACUUGUCCUUUUAAAACUUUCUAUACGGUCCACUUUUAAAGCCCGACCUACAGUUCAAGUACUUAAAAAUUGCGUUUCAAAAAUAUUAUUUAAUAUUGAAUCCUCAACACGAUGAGGCAUCUGUUCAUUUUGCUGCAGCGGCAAUUACUUAAACAGACAUUUUGGAGAAAAAUUAUUGGUCCGAGUGGAUUCAAUUUUUGUCCUACAAAAUCACCUGACUUAAAUCCUAUCUAUUUUAUUCAUGGAGUGUAAGAAACAAUAAUCGAAUCUAAACAAGAUCUGAUUGCUGCGGUAGAAAUCAUUCAAUCCCAUCCAGAUUUAUUCUCGUUUUUAAAUGAAAAAAAAAGUAUUCAAUUACGUGCUUGCAAACUUUUGUUUAGAGGCAAAUUUCUACAACACUAUUCAUUUUAGCUCCAGAAAAAGUUAUUAGUUUUUAACUCAAAAUAAUCAGGUAAUUUAAAACGAAAUUAAAAAAAGAAUUUGCUCCAGUGGCGUAAAAAAAGGGGGAUAAAAGUGACAACUAACACAGACAGCGCGCCCCUGAGAAACAAAUUUUUCGAAAAUUUGUUUAUGUCAAAAUAUUACUUUAUUAAGGUCACCAAAUUUGAAAAAAAAAAUUGAAGGCGUUCUUGAAAUGGCAAAUUUUAUAUAUUUAUUUAUAAUACCACCAUAUCCUCUUGCAAUUGGAAGUUUAGUUUUAUCAAAUUGUCGAGAUCGGAAAAUGUUUUUCAUUUAACAUAUCUCUUACGAUAAAACGUCAAUUAUUAAUCUCUGUGUGGCCAGCCAUUAUUACGUAUUUCGAAAAAGUAAAAUUUUGAGCUCUAUCAUCUGGCUGUCCAAAAAAUCAUCUGAAAAUCAAACUUUCUCCAGCAUAUACUUUUCGAAUGUGCAUUUCCAGGUGAUCCAUCGUCUUUAAUUCAUUGACUUGAUGUAACAUGAAAAAAAUAAUCCAAUGUGAUUAAAUCAUAUGAUCUAGGUGAUCACAUAAGUUUACUAUUCUUUAAUUAAAAGUUUCUUUCAGUGAAUCAAUUGUAGCGCAUGCUGUAUGACAUGUAAUCCCAAACGUAGAAAUUUUCAUGAUUUUACUACAAGUGUUUUGCCAUAUAUACAGAUAGUUUUAACUCGUCGUGGGACACAGUGUAUAGUAGCACGCCUAACAUCAUAUUCUUUUGACAAUUUUCACAUGUUUCCCCACUAUCUAACUUCUUCAAAAUCUCCAUUUUAUUAUUCAAAUCUAGUGUUUUGUGUUUGCGAUUAUUUGAGGUUUUCAACUAUAAACUAUUCUCACUUGAAAAAAACAAAUACGUGCACGUGAUAAGUUUUGAGGUUAGAUUGUUAGUCGACGACGCAGCGACCGAAGCGCACAGGUGUAGAGGGGCGAGGGAAGCGUGGGCGGAGGAAGUCGGAUUAUUGGGAGUGCCGAUCUAUUGAAGCUCAUGAAGUGAGACAGGCAAUUACUACUUCUAUCUCGUCUUUUUUAUUUAAAGCAUCCUGCGCAAACGUCGCGUUUGUAGUGGCAAGUGGUCAAAGGUAAACCACCUCCUUUUAGCAGCUUAAAAUCUACUUAUUGUAAUGAAUUUUGAUUACGCAAGUUACCAUACACGAUCAUGCGCACUAAACGCAACGUUUAAUAAGUGGGACAGUUGCUUAUCUGUCUGUAAUUUGAUGGUCAAGUCAGUCUCCCUAUACCAAUUAGCAAUAUAGGAAUAUUACAUACAGUAUAAUCAAAUAUUAUUUUUAAAAGCGUUAUAUCUGUUAUUUUGACACCACAGAAUAAACAGGACAAGAGUGAAACUCAAAAUUGUCAAAUAAAAUGUGAUGAUAUACAAAAAUUCUGCUUUUUCGAAAUUAUAGAAGUAUCUAUAGAUUAGUAUAUUGAAUAGAAUUGUGAAAAUUAUCAAUUUGAAUUGAAAUGAUUCAUAAGUACCUAUACACGAGGGUGGUAUGAUGAAACAGUAACUUUUCGAAGAAAAUUACUCACUGUCUUUCUGUCAAUUUUAUAUACAAUUUUGACAGAUGACAUAUAAAAGUCACCUUUCCGUUAAACCAUCCUCGUAAAAAAUCAUCAUUGACAAUAACAUGAAGAGGUAAAUAUGUGUAAAAUUUGUACGCUGAUGAGAAUCAAUUAACGCGUAAAUGUUCAUUUAUGGUCUAAUAUACUAUUAGCUCUUUGUAUGAAUCUGCCCCUACACUAUCAAAAAAACAUUGUAGUCCUACAAGAAAUGACAAUAUAUGCUUUUUUCCUGUAACAGAAUUAUAUAGGGUGUCUCGCAUAAUAAGCGUAUAGGAGUGCUUAAAAUAUGACGAUAUCAACAUAAAAAAAUUAUCAAUUUAUGGAAAUUUAUGUUUUCAAAAAUUGAAGAUUAACGAAACUGCAAUCGCUUGGCUUCAUCACCUUCUUUUAAAGUGUAAUAAAUUUCGACUUUGUACUGAUAAAAUCUGUUUUGUGACAUUCUGCGAAAGUUUUCAGAGACAAAACAUUCUUUAAUCAAACACAAAGCAGUACUUUCGUUCAUUGCAGUAACUACUGCAAAAGGAUUUUAGUAAAGUCUAUUUAUCGAAGAAAAAUAGUAAACCAAAACAAUGAUCAGUACGUGAUCAGCAUGAGAACAUCCCCGGAAAACGCAGCGCGGUAUCGUUAUUGGUCCAAAUGGCACCAUAAUAUACCACAAAUAAAAAGCCGAGUGGAAGGGGCGAAUGCCACAUCGUUGUAGAAACCGUUAGAUCAGUUGAUUUGACAAAUUUCGACUGUACGGAUAAAAUCUGUUCGCUUUGUGAUUAUUCAAUAGAAAAGAUGAGGGUUAUAUAGCGGAACUAGAUCGAGACAAUUGAGAAGAAAGAAUAAUCUGUCUGACCUCAACAGAGGGUUUUCAGGGCUUCCGAUUUGGUAAAAGGAGAGUUAUUGGGACAAGGAUUCUUCGGGUAAGUUUACAAAGUAACUACUAGAGAUACGGAAGAAGUUAUGGUAUUGAAAGAACUGUAUAGAGUAGACGAAGAAGCACAAAAGAAUUUUUUAAAAGAGGUUGCAGUUUUACGAAGUUUGAAUCAUAAUAACGUUUUACGGUUCAUUGGAGUUUUGUAUAAGGAAAGGCGACUCCAUUUAGUGACCGAAUAUAUUUCUGGUGAUACUUUAACUGAUUUAUCACACGAUACCUGUCAACCUCUACCGAGGGAACAAAGGGUUUCAUUUGCUAAAGAUGUAGCAGCUGGAAUGACGUAUCUACAUUAUACAUAGAGAUCUCAAUUCUCAUAAUUGUCUUCUUAAAAACGAUAAAACUGAUAGUAGCCUAAACAUUCUAUUGACUAUUUCGGCUCGAUGGAAAACUCUUAGACUUUCAUCGGUGUUUUACCUUCUACUUCUUGGUCAAAAAAAUCAAAUCGGUCUUUUCCCCCGCUACCUAUAGUCAUUGAGCGCUGGUUAACUCUUCGAUAUGCCGUUUUAUCCUUCUAGUGAUGGCGAUAGCUAUGUCAUCGUCGUAGGAUAUGUUCCCAACUUCAGGUCUUAGAAUUGAACCUUGAGCAACACCUGCAAAUACAUUCUUAGUUAUCAGAUCAUCCCCUGUUUCACAAAGCGACUGUUUGUUGCUAAAAUUAUUCCCUACAGAAAUGAAUAAGGGAAACCAUUGUAUUCAACUGUUAACUUUUAGGAGGUUUUCAAAAUUUUCUACCAACUCACUGAGUAGAAUAAUUUACUAGGGAGUAUAGUCAACCAAGCAAAUCACCUCGCAAGUUUAAAGACCUGCAUGGAUUAGUUUGCAAUUUUGACAGAAGCUCAAAAAUGAUGCAAAUAACAAACCUGAUUUGGUGCCAAUGUAUGAUUCUACCCCAGGAGUGAAUGCCACCCUUACUCGGGUGUGGAAAUUUAAAAUGUCAAAAUAAAACAGAGAAUCGAUAGAGAAUUGAAUUUUAUGAAGAAAAUGUCAAUGAAGUUUUUUAUUUAACUAAAUAAUUUCUGAGUUAUUCGCGAUUGAAAAUUAAAAAAAAAACUACGUUUUCCAACAUUUUUCACGAAAAACUCGAAAAUUACGAAUUUUCUGGAAAAAAUUCUUAUCAAAAUUGAAGCUUAUAAACAAACAAAGAAAUUAGUUAGUUUAGAUUAAAUUUUUUAAAUAAUAUUCAGCAACUUACGAGUCACUGAAAGCCAAUUUUUUCUUCGUAAAUUUAUGCAGAGGUUUGAGCUCAAAUAACGGAAAAACUAUCAAUUUUUCAUAAAAAACUGUAAUGAACAUUUUUAAAGUACUUUUUCGGACCUUUAAAAUGAGCUGUUUAUAACACCGUCUAGCAUGAAAAUUAAGCGGGUUAUGACGAAAAUAAGUUAAGUAACUCGAAUUUGAAAAAAAAAAUGUCGGUAAAUUUGACACCAUGUGCGGCAAAAUUAAAAUUAAUCGUAGCCCAUGUAAAAUUAUCUUUGUUUAAGCCCUAACAACACGUUCCAAAAGUUUGAAUGGUUUGGAACACGUAUAUUUUGAAAAAAGUUGUUUAAUGUGACUUUUUUUUUCAAAAUAUCUCAAAAACUAUUGGAUCAACGAAAAAAUUUUCUCAUAAUUAAAAUUUAGCUUCCAUUUUACUGAAAAUUUUGUUUUUUUUUUUUCACUCACGUGGCUUGAAAAUUAAACGAAAUAUAAGCGUUUAAAGUAUUGAUUUCAAUGCUUAGGGAGAGUCUUUUUUACCCUUUAACAUCAAAAUUCUCUGAAGAAAAGGGCCUAGAAGGGUUGCAACUCUUAUGGUUUUGUAGCUUAUGAAAUUCCCUACAAAAUGAUGUAUGGAUGAAUAAAAAAAGCUCAAAGGGACGCCGAAUUAUUAUUAAAAAACCGAAUACAUUUUUCUAGAGAUAAUGCUGGAAAAUCAGUCCAAGUUUUGAUCUUUUUUGGAGUAUUUAUUCUUUUAUACAUGCUGUGUCUCCUUUGUAUUUAUAUACCUGGAUUCUCACAUGUAAAUUAACUGCUUCCAUUUAGUAAUUUGCAAUUUUGUCCAUUCUAAGGGGUGGUUUUUGGUGGUUGCAUUAUUAAAAAUAUUGAGGGUCAGAUUUCUUAUACUUGAAGAAAAAAAUUGUCCUAUUACGAUACAAAAUAAAAAAAAUUUCACGUUUUUUACCACAUUUUUUAAAUAAUCUUUAUAUGAGGGGUUUUUUAAGGGUAGGUGGCUGUAAAAUAUCAAAAUAUUACAGUCAUAUAACAAAAUAAUCAACAUUUAUUAUAGUUGAACAUAACUAUAGCCCAUUUCCGCUUUAAUUCAUUAAUUUUCAAUUUAUCGGAGUAAGAGGUGAUUUUCACCCCUUAAAAAUAAAAAGUAUACUUUGUGACCAAAUCAAGUAUGAAGAGAAGGGUAUGAUGAACUUAAUUCCAAAUUUUCAAGAAUAUAUAUACACCAACACUCGUUUCGAUAACCAAGUUAUCAUCUUCAGGGACUGAAAGUAAACGCACGUCAGACAGUAUGUAGUGCUGUAAACAGUAUAUUCAUUAUAAUUAUUAAAUAGUGAAGGGCAUUGAAUUAUUAUAGAAAUUGGUUCCAUAUUUUAUAAAAAAAAUGAUCAAUAUAUCAUGAACUAUUCAUAAAGUAAUUAAAUCAGCGUGCAAAUUUUACCUAUUGAAUUGCAAACGAAAAAAUUGGUGAUAAAAUAGCACAAAUUUCGCCUCAUCGACAAUAAUAUAGUAGAUUUAAAGUAAUUAAGAUUUUUUUCGUUUGUUAUACAAUAUAAUACGAGGAUUGUUGGAAAAGUUUUCGACGUCACAAAGAAACAAGACAUUUAUUUACCAUAAUCAGUUUAUUGUUCUAACAUAGUUUCCUUCGUCUUGUCCUUCGGUAAGGAAACAGGAAAAAAUUAUUGGGGGCUAGAGCUGGUGAAUGCGAUGGGUAGUCAAUGAAUGAGAAGCGCAACUAGUGCAUUUGAGCCGUGGCCAUAACAGAAGUAGGAGAAAGUGAGUUAUCCCAUGGAAAAGCACCUUAUUUCUCUUCAAAUACAUAAUGACGAUAAUUAUCACACUCUAUUCGUCAUGAGUGCUUCAAAUUAAACUCCUGAUUUGCUAGGAAAACUACCACCCAGUCAACCUGAGCUAGAACAUCGACGCCAGGAAUAAAAUUUGUAUGGCAAAGCUUCUCAAAAGCUUGAACACAAAUAAAACCACUGGCCCCGUUGGAAUACCACCAAACGUAUUGAAGAAAUUAGCAGCUGAACUAUGCAACUCUUUUAAACCUAUACCAAUAAAAGGAAAUAAGACGGUUCCCAAUAACUACCGUCCUAUGGCUUUAGUCGCGACUAUUACCAAAGACAUGAAGAAAGUCGUUAAUUUAAAAUAUCUUGAGUCUGCUAACACCAUCAGCUACCAUCGAUACGGCCUUCAUAAACAUAAAUCAACCAGGGAUCUCCUGGUCUAUGUCACCAACGUAUGGCAAUUGUAAAAUAUGGGGGAUCCCGAUCAAUGGCUCUGGACAUAAAUUAAGAUCAUACAAUUUCGACUAACUUAGUAGCUUUCUCAAAGACCAAUCAAUCCAGGUCGUUCUUGAAGGACAAAUUUGAGGUCAAUGCUGAUGUUCCCCAGGGGAACCCCCCCUGUCAUCUCCUGUACAUCAACGAUUUACUCGCUUAACACUCAAAUCGGCAGGCAGCAACAGAUCAGCCAGCGAUCUUGAAAACAUUCUGUAGUGAGUUGGAAGCAAUCUGAUUGAGUUUAAUGCAACAAAGACCUAAGGUGGUGUGUUUACUAUACUGCGGUUCAAAAUUUGCUCUGUCUGGACAUAAAUUAUCAUCACCUCGAAUUCGCUUAUUAGGUGUUGAGAUUGGAUGCAAUAUGUUCUGGUAUAGUCACGUGGCUGAUUUAGCUAAGGUAGCUUCAUAAAAAGGAAUCCUCUUCAAGACUAUAUACUCUGCAACAACUCUCUACAAGAUCCAGAUUCGUCAAUCAUUGGAGUAUUGCAGAUGUAUUUAGAGCUUACCCUGAGGAUACUCGACUCAAUACAGAACAGAGCAAUUCGACUUAUAUGAGAUCUACAGUUGACCAGAAACUCUGACAUCUUGGAGCAUAGAAGAAAGGUCGCUGAUCCACCUCUGCUUUACCACGGAAGAUGGUCUUCCGAGUUGUCUUACCUAGAAUAGUAUUUGCAAGACCUAUUUGGUAUGCAAUCGUGGCUCAUGCACACACCGAGCUCGCCUGCAGACGUCAAGAACGUCAAUUAUCUGGAAUCCAGAUACAACAUACAACAAGCUUAAGCUUGUAGAAUCAUCUAGCAAAACACGUCGUUCCGAAUACUACGACCUACAGCAGUUUAAGAUGAAUAUCCACAGGCAUCUCCACACGGUAGGCACCACUCGAACUCUUACAAAAUUCCAAAACUCUCUAAAGUCUCUAUAAACUUCUAUCCAGUUACAUUUAACUCUUUCUUUAAAAAUAACAAGGACUUAGUUUAUUGCUACCCAAUAAUUGAUGGAGACACUCGCCAUUUAAAUGAUGAAUGGCGCCGAUACACUAUACACUACACUAACUUAUAAUAAUUCACUUAUCACUAUCACUCAACUAACUUUUAUAAUUUAUUUAAAUUCUCUCUCUUCUUACUAUAAUUCUUAAAAAGAAACAAUGUGAAUAAACCGCUUGCUUUAAUGAAAAGUUAUAUGAAAACAAACAUAAAAGGCACGUCCGCCGAAAAACGUUUUUUAGUAAGUUUGUACUAACAUCUUGGUGUUAAAGUAGAAAACUUUUCAUACAACCCUCGUACUCUGUUUAGAAUUGAAACUUUCAUAUUCUAUGUGAUUAGUGAGCGGGAAACUCUCAAAAAGUCGCUUAAAAAUAACAUUAAGUGACGUUGGAGAACCAAUCGCUAUAACUAUUUUUAUUUUAAGCUUUUGUGGUCACUAAAUAUGUAUUUGAAACUGUUUUUACCUGAAAAAUGAGAAAACGUGGGGGUAAAAUCUUUUCUAUGAAUAGGAAUAGAAGAAAAAACUGCAUUAUGACGAGGGCAAUCCGAUAAAUACUUAGAUUUACCGCGUGUACAAGGUCUGCCUAUUAAAUAACGAGAUUGGUUAGGGAAAAAGGUUUUAUUAUAAAAAUUAUUCGAAAUUCGAAUGCUCUCCUUCAAUAUACUCCCUUCCCCUCGCCACACACCUUUCCAUACGUUUUUUCCAUUGAUUGAAGCAGUGCUCGAAGUCUUCUUUGGUGAGUGCCUUUGGGAGUUCUGCUUUACCGCUUCCAUCGACUCAAAUCAGGUCCCUUUCAAAACAGAUCUUUUUCUAACCUUUCAAGGAAAUCUGAGCAGACCCGUUGACGCAAAAGCUUUUGGUCAGGGGUCAGAUGUGUUAUUCCCCGUGUAAAAUUUUUCAAACCGUUUAUUUAUCGGCUUUUACAACCUACGCAAUCAUCCGGAUGCUCAUUCAACGAUCUGCACGCAGAAUUUUGUUGAUUUUGGUCACUGUUUCCGGAGUUAAAACAGUCACAGGACCACCUGGUGCUGGUCAUCUUCAGUGCUCUCUCGGCUUUCACUUAAGCGCUUACACAACUCAAAAACAAGCAUACGGGAUAGAGACCCUAUAGACCUCUUGCAACAAUUUACAGUACUCAAUCGGAGUUUUUUUUUUCAUUUAACGAGAAAUUUUAAAUUGAUUCGCUUCUCCUUCGAUGACCACUGUCAAGAAUUUGUUUUACGAGUUUCAAUGUCUUAAAGGAUAACGUGACAAAAAUCUCGGAAUACGCAGCUUGCUGAUUUAACAAGAAAACCAAGACAUUAGGCAUAUCCUGCAUGAAAUUUAGACAUAAGAAAUUUGUCAGUGCGAUGGAUACUGACUCCAGACAAUAAGCGCGAGUCUGAGACCACUUCAGAGCAGUAGUUGAUUCUGUUUGUGCAAUUAGAAAAAGUUUCUGCGUCGUAUCGUGACAUUCGACGAAAGAUGUAUCAAUUAAUUCACACCAGAGGCUAAGAAACAACCAAAAUAGUGAACUUCACCCUUAUGUCAAAUUAUUGGACAUACUUAACCCCGAAUUGAAAGAAAAAUCCCUAUUUGGGGAAGAAAAAAGUUCUCUUCCAUUGUGUAGACGCAUCGACCAGCACCUCCGCCCUCGUUACGUUCUAAUUGUUCUACCAACUCCUUCCCCUUCCACCGUAUUUUCCAUAUUUCGACCCUAUUGACUUCUUUUUGUUUCUUAAGUAAAGCGCCAGGUAGAAAUUUGGGUCAAAUGACGAGGUCAUCGUCCGCUAGGAUAUCUCCUUUGCAAACCUCGUGAAAACGUAUUCUUUAGACUAGUUAAAGAAGUUGGAGCAUCGUUUGAGCGAAAUAGCUGGCCAUAAUAGAUGGCGUUGCUUACGCCGUCCAUAUAAAAAGAUGAGAGGUUAUGAAUUUUUGUGUUUAAAAUUAAGAAAAUUCAUUAUUUCAGCUGAAUUUAAUGACAAAAUGGAUGAAACUAAAUUUUAUCGUUCUAUUUUAAGAAAUGCAAAGUUGUAUAACUGUAAGAUAUAACAUUCACCGGAAAGCAUAUCACCUAACAUAUCUACCUGAAUCUACAUAUUGAAUAUAUAUCAUAAUAUUGUAAUAAUACAUCAAAAAAACUAACAUAUCUUUUUUCCAAAAUUACCGGGAUUUAUAAAUGAACAUUGAGGGAUUUAACUCUUUGUAACAUUUAUAACGUUAAACUUACAGAUUUAAAUAAGAUGUCAAAUGAAAGAGCAACUCGAAUAGUUUCAUUUAAAGUAUUCAAUGUGAGCACCAGGCCCAGACUGAGACUAUUUGAGGCCCUCAGCUAAAACCUGUGAAGGGUCUGGCGGUACGAAAACUAGAGGUGCACAGAAACUUUUUAAAAAUUGAGAAUUUGAAAACGCUAUUUGGGCAAUUAUGAAGAAGAAGAAGAAUUUCAAUUAGGUUUUCAUACAAAUACAUAUUAUGGUUUUCAACCAUGUUCUUUUUCAUCUUGGUACCUUCAAUACUGGUCGUCGUGUACUCAUUUUCUAGGCGUCGGAUGCUUAUAAAGGGUCCUCAGUCCCCAAAAAUCUUCUUUUGGCAUUUUUCUUCUUGGUUUCUUCCGUUAUUUCGUCCAAGGUCGAAGAAGGUCAAUUCUUUUUUGUUCUUGUUCAUCUUGGUAUCUUCACUUCUGGUCAUGGUGCACCCAUUUUCUAGGCACUACCAUGUUGCAUCUUAAGUAAAACCCAAUAUUUUGCACAUUGUCAAAUUUGAUGUAUAAAUUCAUACCCAAUUUAUUGAAUAACAUAUCGUUGGUUAGGUAUAUAAAAAGUUUUAAAAUCAGAUUAUCUAUGGAAUGAAGAUUUUUUUUCAAAGAAACUGACAAAUAAAUAACUUUUGUGAAAUUUUGGGGUUAGUUUACCCCUAAUUAACCCCUCAGACUAGUUAGAACACCUUCUAUGUACCAAUACUUAAUCUUCCGAUUUCUAUGAAUUUUUUUUCAAAAUCUACGUUUUUACGGCGGAUUUAUGAAAAAAAAAGAAUUUCUCACCUGGAAAUUUCAUAUAGGUUUAUAACUUUAAAUGUUAUCAUAAACGCACUUCUUCGCAUAUAAUCAUUCAUAACUUUUUUACAAACCAUCAAACGCAGUUAAUUUUUUUUUGUUAAUCUACACAAAAAAACGAACAUUUUCGAAAAAAAAAACAAUGGCAAAAUAUUUGUUUAUUCCUUUUUUAUCUCACUUAAAGAUUUCAAAUGGUUUUCUGACUUUAAAUUUCAUCAUAAACGCUCUAGAAAAUCAAAAAUUAACCGAUUUCGAUAAUUUUUUUUUCAAAAUCUCUCUAUUACGAUGAAUUUAUCUUUUAUAUGAAUAUAGGAAAUAUCUCACUUGAAGAUUUUAUAUGGUUUCAUGACUUUUAAUUCCCUUUAACAAUCAACCUUAGUAAGACACCUUUUUUUUAAUGGUGAAAAUUUUCAAUUUUUCAAAGUUAACUUUUAUUUUUGUACACUUGAUCACAAUAAGUGAUUUUGAGAAUGUUUUUGUUCUUAUAAAUUCAAUGAUUAAUUAAUAAAAAAAAUACAAACAAUUAUAUGUGAGAAAAGGUCAAUUUUAAGAGAAAUUUUUAUCAUUUUUAAUUGUAAAAACAUGGUAACUCAACAUUUUUUUAUAAUUUUUUUUAAAUUUCUCCAUUUUUUUGUAAAAAUUAAGAAAAAAAAUAUAACAACUUCAUUUAAUUAUUUGGAAAAAAAAAUAUCAACAAUUAUACGCGAAUGAGUGCAUUUUCAUAAAUAUUUAAAGCCUUAAACCAAUAUAAGUUUUCAUUUUUUUCUAUUCCCAUAUUUUUUUCGUAAAUCCGCCGUAAAAACAAAAAAUUUAAAAAAAAAUUCAUCGAAAUCGGAUGAUUUUUCGAUUUUCUACAGCGAGGAGAACGAGGAAUUUAAAAAAAUGAAAAACUAUUUUAUUUUAUACACUGGUUUCCAAUUAACUUAAAUCAACCUCUUAAAUUACGAUUUCAGAAUUGAGUGCUACUUUAUAUUUACAAUUUAAUAUGACGUGUAUAAUUUUUUGUGAUCAAUAACUUAUAUUAGCAUUUCAGUUUUCAGUCAACUAUACACAAAUUUAGAUUUUAAAUGAUCCUAAAAUCUGCACCUAUUUCUUGAUAUACAUAAUAAUAUAUUUGCCCUCCAUAUCAUCAACUCUCGUCAAUUUCCAACAGCUGUAUGGCUAUAAUUUUUUAGAUAACAUAGUUUAAAUAAUCAUUUAUAUAUACACGUGUUACUAAAUCACUAUAAAUAUGUAAAAUAUAAUGUAUACAUAGUUUAAUAAUGUUGAAUUGAAUGACAAUAAAAAAAAAGAGUGUAUUAGCAAUUAUUCUAAUUUUGGUUAAUAAAUAUUGUAAAUACUUGUGUUCAUAGUAUUGUUAAUAAGUGGAAUAAAGCAUUAAUGUUACAA